ACGCGCAUCCCCCGCGGCCGCCUGGGCCACUCGGGAGCUUCGCGGCAGCCGGGUGCCCCACUUGGCAACCCGCUCUGUGCUUCUUCCUCGCGCCCGCCUCCUCUUGUCACCUCCCGUCUCAGCCUCCUUGCUCCAUCCUCGCCGCAUCAACCGCCGGCCGAGCGCCUCCGAGAGCCAGAGGUGGUGCGCGGGGCUGCAGGGCGCGCCCUCAGGCGGACCCCGGCCCGGCAUUGGGGGGCACGGGCGGCAGCAUGGACACCAAGCGCUGCUUCGCCAACCGCUUCGAUGACUACCAGGGCAGUCUGCUGGCGGGCCAGUGCGAGGAGGCGGUGGCGCCCUUGGUCACCGCCACCAUCGAGCGCAUCCUUCAGGAGCUGCCCCCGCUCGGGGGCGGCGCUGAGGCCCGGGGGGCGGCGGCCGCGGCCAGCAGCUGCCAGGGAGGGCUGUACGGCGGCGUGGCCGGGGUGGCCUACAUGCUCUACCACGUCUCGCAGAGCCCGCUCUUUGCCGGGGCCCGGGAGCGCUACCUGCGCUCGGCCAAGCGCCUCAUAGACGCGUGCGCCCGCGCGGAGGAGUGGGGCGAACCGGACGCCGACACCCGUGCAGCCUUCCUGCUCGGGGGAGCGGGCGUGUACGCCGUGGCCACGCUCGUAUACCACGCCCUGGGACGGUCCGACUACGUGCAGCCGUUGGGCAAGUUCCGGGCUCUGUGCGCCGUCUGCGCGCCGGUCUCCUUCCUGGAGUGCGGCUCCGACGAGCUGUUCGUGGGCCGGGCGGGCUACCUGUGCGCCGCGCUGGUGCUCAAGCAGAAACUCGCCCAGGAGGUACUGAGCCCAGCACAGAUCAAAUCAAUUUGUCAGGCGAUUCUGGACUCUGGGAAGCAGUACGCCAUGAAAAAAAGGAAGCCAUUCCCUCUGAUGUACUCUUACUAUGGAACUGAAUACUUGGGAGCGGCUCAUGGCCUGUCGUCCAUUCUCCAGAUGCUUCUUUCUUACCACGAGCACCUCAAGCCCUCAGAUCAGGAGCUGGUAUGGCAGAGUGUGGACUUCCUCAUGGAGCAGGAGCAGAACUGCAACUGGCCACCUGAGCUUGGCGAGGCCAUCGAGAGGGAGAAUGAGCUGGUGCACUGGUGCCAUGGCGCCCCAGGAAUUGCCUACCUGUUUGCCAAAGCUUAUCUCGUUUCCAAAAAACCACAGUACCUGGACACAUGUAUCCGGUGUGGGGAACUUACAUGGCAGAAGGGCCUGCUAAAGAAGGGGCCUGGCAUUUGCCACGGUGUGGCUGGCAGUGCCUAUGUCUUCUUGCUGCUAUACCGGCUCACGGGAAACUCUAAAUACAUCUACCGAGCCCAAAGGUUUGCUGAGUUUUUAUUUACCGAGGAAUUCAAGGCUGGUUCUCGGGUCCUUGAAAGUAUAUACAGCUUGUAUGAAGGCUUCUCCGGGACGGUGUGCUUUCUGAUCGAUCUGCUGCAACCCAAUCAGGCGGAGUUCCCUCUCUUCAGCGUCUUUGUCUAGAAGGCUCCAUCUCCCACUGUGGCCCUGCAGAAGGUCCCUGAGAUUUCCCAAGCCUACCCGAGGCAGUUUCCACAUAAGCCACAUUCAAUGGUAUCACAACCAUGAGCCUUAACAUUGCCGCCCGGAAGGAAGGGAGGGAGAGAGGGAGAAGGCAGGUGAAGGCAUGAUGCUAGACUUAAGGGAGAACGGUUUGAGAACCUGCAAAAUAAAGACACCACAAGUCCUUUAAAAACUGUAGAGAUUUAACAUUUCAGGGAGUAGAUGUGAAACCUGAGAUCAGAGGAAAAAGGGAAAGAGAAAUCAUGGUUUUCAGUUAUGGCAUAGAAAACAAAACUGAAAUGUGGACUAGGGUAAUAAAAUGGCAAUACCUUUGCAAUUGGAAAGAGAAUUUGACCAUUUAUGGGUGCCUUCCACCCCUAAAUUCAGAAAUAAACACAACCGAAAGCUAAAAUAAUUGCCCAGCUGAAAAUUGCUAGCUAGGAGGGAUGAAAUGUCAGGUUGCUGAAGGACAAAAAAGGAAACUCCUGGUUGUUCAAUCCCUUUACUUGUUGAAAUUCAUGAUUUUUACUGAAUGGAGAAGUUUGCAUAUGAAUCUCUAUUUUUAAUCACUACCCUGAUCACUUUAAGGGAAACAUAUCAUAACUUUUUUUAAGAUUUUAUUUUUAAAUAAUAUCUACACCCAACACGGGGCUCAAACUCACAACCCCAAGAUCAAGAGUCGCACACUCUUCCGAUUGAGCCAGCCGGCCACCCUGAAAUAUAUCAUCACUUAGUUUAAUCUUGAAAUACGAAGUUUCUUUAGGCCUUGCAUCUCUUUUCCUGGUUCCUUUUUCUUUCCUAAAGCUCAAUUAGAAUAGUAAAACUCAUAGGCUAGCAAAUACUGUGACAAGUGUUGCUGUCAAGUGUUUUUCUCAAUUUGAAGCGUGGGCUGUGUAUUGUCUAUUGUUAAUCAAUAUUAAAAUGCUUAUGUAAUCCCUA